AUGGGAGGAGCGGCACGCGUCCUCAAGCUGGUCGAUGCAACACUUGGAGUAGCAGGAGCGCGUGGACUCUUGAGGUUGACCGUGCGCCCAAACACCGAUCCUUUCCAAACGCCACCGUUGCUUCCGGUGUGCUUUUUGGAGGCUGUUGGAGCUGUCAUUGGCUUUCCACGGUCACUCCGCCCCGAUGCACCGCCUGCCAUCUGGUCAACGUGCUGUCGCUACGGCGAUGUUCCUUGGUCUCAUUUCUUGGAUUCCACCGCGGACCCUUUUCGCAUAGCCUCCGAUGAACCACAGUUUCGGGGGUUGGAAGCAGGUCAAGAUGCUGGCGGGUUCGUUUUGGUUACGUCUUCGGCGACCAAGGACGCUCGCGGUGACCCUGAGCCAAACGAGGAUGACGAUGACAUGAAGAAGGACCGCACGUGUACGCAUGUUGCGGCAUGGUGGGGUGACUGGGAUCACAAAUGCCGCGCAAAACUCAUGCCGAAUGAGCAAGAUCGCUCGCGAUGCUCUACAUGGUUGGACAUCGUCCUCAUUGAACGUCUUUCGACAACGCACGCUCCCGACUCCCACAUCCGAGUCUCCUUUGUGCAGUUCCGACCCCAGCAUCAGGAUCCCGACGGUCGAGCAUAG